CGAAAGCGUCUGUGUGGACAAACGGUUUGGCUGUCACAAACAGGGGAUUUUACAGGAUAUCUUCACUUUCUGUACGCUGGGUAAUCCAGGUUAUUACAUCAACACCAGCCAUGUCCAAAGGUGCCAAAGAGACCAUUGUUACCAAGCUGGGUUUCAAGUCCAGUAGCUCAACCUCCAAGGCUGAGGCAGAGCUGGAGAAAUUCAAGAAAGAGAACACUCACCUCAGGAGGAAGAUUGAUGAACUGGCCAAACGACACAUCAGACCACCUGACUCAGACAAAAGCAAGCUGCUAGAGAGGAUUCUUUCCUUGGAGACGUUGCGAGAAAGAAAUAAUCAGCAGUUGCUGGUCAAAGAGCAAGAACUGGAAACUCUGAGACAGCAGCUGUCAGCUAGAGGAGGAGAGGUGGUAGCUUCACUGCAGGCCCAGCUGGAGCAGCGGAAGAAGGAUGCAGAACAGAGAGACAUGUUGUUCCAGAACCUGUCACAGGAGACUGAGAACCUAAAAAACAAGCUGGCCACUGUGUCGGAGCGCUGCCAGUCCCUAGAAACACAGGUAGUGCAGAACGGGCAAGCACCACCUGCAGAUGUGGCAUUGGUACAGGAGCAACUGAGAGAUGCUCUUGAGAAGAACCAGCAGUGGUUGGUGUAUGACCAGCAACGGGAGGCCUAUGUCCAGUCAGUGGUCACCCGUUCCCUGGAGCUGGAGCAGCAGCUGGCCCAGGCAAAGCAGCAGCAAACCAAACAAGAGGCCAGCCCCGAUGGUCCAGUGAAAGAUGAUCAGCUGAAGGGCCACUUGGAACAAAUGCUGACGGGGGUGCAGAAGGACUUGGAGGAGCAAAAAGAUAAGGUCACCAGAACUCAGCAGGAGCUCAGUAUUCAGAAGGAACGGACCUUGAAAGCGCAAGCUGAAGUGCAGUCUCAAAGAGAGCAGGUCACCAGACUUCAGGAGGAUAUGUCAGCGCUGCAGAGCAGGUAUGAGAAAAAGUGUGGUGAGCUGUCAUCGCUGCAGAGGAAGUGCCAAGAGAAAAGCAACGAACUGGAGGAGGCCAAGGUGCAGCUUCACGCAGAGCGACUCAACAACAGACAUACCGUGAGCGAGGAAAGGAAGGUUUCCUCUGAGCUGACGGACAGGAUGAGGAUGGAACUGGAGAGCAUGGACAUCCGACUUGAGGAGGAAAGGAAGAGAUCUGCUGAGCUUCUGCUGCAGGUAAAUAUGCUGCAGAAAUCUCUUCUGAGCCAAAAUGAAGAACAGAGGAGAAUCGCAGCACUGGAGCAACAGAUCCAACUCUCCGCCAAGGACUUUGAGAAUGAGAGGAUUGAUCGUCAGGGUAUGCAGCAUCAGUUGCACAAGGUGCUGAAGGAGCUGCGCAAGGCCCGUGAUCAGAUUACCAAACUGGAGUCAGCCAAACAGCCAAAUGCCCGUUUCUCUGAGCCCAGCUCCUACACCAACUUUGAGCGUCUUGCUAUCGAUGACCCUCCUGGGCCUCCAUCUCCCUCUAAAGUCACCAACCUGCUGGAUGAGAGCUUCUUGGAGUGUCCAAAGUGCCGGGCCCCUUACCCCACCAGCCGCCACAGGGAGCUGCUGGCACAUAUUGAUUACUGCUUGGCCUGAGCUGCCACAGUGUCCACCUGAGUGUCAGGACUCACACAAAGGAGGCAACAGCGAAACAAAGUAAACUUUUAAGCAGACAUGUUCUUUUCCUUUUUUUUUUCCUUUUUUCUUUUGUUUUUUUUUUUUUCUCCAGGCCUCUAGAACACAUUUGAAAAUUUAUAAAGGAAAGAAACGCACAUUUAGCCAAUGACAAUGUGGAAUCAAGUGGAAAUUGCUUUGUUUUGAUGAAACCAAAAUGAGUGGGAAUCACUGGGCUCGUUCCGGAAAUCCAUUUGGAAAAAAAAAAAAAAAAAAAACACCCCGGAGGCUAUGAUUAAGACGUCGUAGAUUAUUAGAUGGAUUGAGAGUUUAAGAGGAGAAUUUGACUCCACAAACAGCACUCUUCAGAGCAACACAGGUUUUUAACUUUUGUAACUGGGCUAUGUUGCCAAACAACUCAUUUAUUUUUUUUCCCCUCUUUCUCUCUCUCUCCCUCUCUCCCUCUAAAAGUAACAGAGUUUUUAAAGCCGUCCUACUUAUGCAUAUGCCAUAUUUUCUGGCUGGUAUGUACUCCAUUUUAUUUUAAUCCCUAAAAUCCCAUCAGUACAGUUUUCUCUCUGGAUGAAGCUCUUAGUGAAUUCUGCCUGUUUUUUAUUUUUAUUUUUUUAUUUUUGUGUGUAUUUGAUAAAAGUAUUUAUUCUUGGGUUGUUCUAAGUACUGCUGUCAUUUAAGAUAAUGCUUUUUUUUUCCAGCAGCAAUUUCUGUAUGAAUUUUCUGCAUUGGUGAAGGGUCAGUAUAAUAGUAUCCACAUUAUUGUAUUUUGUAAUAAUGUUUACAUGGUUUUUUAAUAUGUUCCUCAGAUCAGUCAUCUUCACUCCAUAUAUAACAUUUUCCUCAUCAUGUGUAAUAUUAUCGACUCCUGAAAAAGGGAAAUAAGCAUCAAUUGUCCGGUGUUGAGUAUUGAGGUGAGGUGGUAUCUUUUGCAGAAUGUGGCACUGUUUCUCAGUAUAGUCCAGUGUUACAAUGACCAAGAUCUCUCCUUAAACUUAACCGGUCCUUAAACAAACUGCACCGGGGGAACUUGGUCACAUGGUGCCGGUUUGUGCAUGCUUCUCCUCCUUUGCCAGUGCCACCUUGACUUCUCAAGCUUGCAGCCAUGUAAAGCUGGAAUGAGAUUGCAUGAGUUAAUUCCUUGUACUAAACUAUUAAGGUUCAGGAUUAGUAGAGGUUAGAGGGAGGGGAAGGAGGUUAAGGUGUCUUUAUUCCUGCAACCUUGGCAAUGUGACCAGAUAGGCUUAAGGCAGUCUAUGCUACAUGUCUAUAAAAGAUACAGCCACCUUUAGGUUGUUGGUGUUUUUGUUUUGAUCAGUAUCACAUCGAACAGUUUUUAUUCAGUUUACUUGUUUUUUUUUAAAUUGUCCUUUUUAUUCUGAUCAUGUGCUUAUAUACUGUACUGUACAAAAAUGUGCAAUAAAGAUAUAAAUGUCCCUCCAAA